GGUUACCGUGGGAGCCACUCACAGCGACACAGGUCCGAGGAGGAAGAGAUGGCCACCCAACAGAACUUCAGUGCCGCGACUCUGUCGUUUCUGCUUGUGUUCGGGUUGUUUGCGGCGUUUGUCCCGGUCGAUGCUUCCGUGGACCGGACGAAGACGGUGGAGUUUAACGUUAAACCGGGAGGAGUGGUGCACACGUUCACCGAGGCGGUUAGGGAGUAUGAGUGCUCAUUCACUUACGCUUCACAAGGGGGAACCAAUGAGCAAUGGCUGAUGAGUGUGGGUCUGAGUGAUGACGACAGCUUGUUUUCCUGCACCGUGUGGCGGCCCCAGGGGAAAUCUUACCUGUUUUUCACUCAGUUCAAAGCUGAACUGAAAGGAACCAAAAUUAAAUAUGCCAAUGCAUUUUCUCAGACGGCGUCUGCAGGACAAAGUGACGUGCCUUUGAAGCCGGAGGAAUUUUUCAUAGGAGACUCAACAGUGACCCACAGAGAUGGAAAAUUCAGCGCUCAGCUCUCCAAGCUGACCGCCAUUGGACAGACGCGACACAAUGAGCUGUAAUUGGUCCGAAGUCUGAUGCGGCUUUCAGGUGUCGAGCUCUGAGUCGUGCCGCUGUGUAUUCAAUGAAGGAUGGGUUUGUAGGAGAAGCAACCAAAAACUGACGUAUGAUGAUACAGAUACUGUAUGUGAGUAAAUUAAUCACCUGGCAUGUUAUCGCAAUGGAUUUGAAAAUGCUGCUGUGGACAUGAGACAGCGAGGCCUCGGUUUAGUGUUAUCAUGUUCUACGACAUAAUGUCCUGAUUUAAAUUCUGCCAUAAGAUAAAGUGCUUCCAUCGUUAUUACUUAGUUUCUGAGGCUAUAAUAUUUACAGAGAGCAAAUCUGUUAUGAUUCACUGGGGUCGUAUCUGAAUGUACUGAGGAUUGGUGUCUGGGGCUUGUAGGGUAAAGAUAACUCUUCUAGAGUAGGGAGGGUUUUAUUUGUCUCGUGUAAUCCUGAGAGCAAAGGGAAUAAUCUCCAAUGACGUCAUCGCACUGUUAUAAACAAUUACAUUUUCCUCCAAUCUUGUUCUGUUCUGAGCUCCUCGCUCUCGCCUUCUGUUUCUAUUUGUCUGUUGGAUAACUGUAAAUACAUUUUAUCCCAUGAAUCGCCA